AUGUCGGGUUUUGGUCUGGACAGUCUGGUGGUUGGAAGUUUGGACCCUAAACGGAAGACUCUUCUCAAGGGACCCCAGUCCCGCAGCUGGACCACUUUUAUAGAGGCCAUCACCGCCGACGGGCGCGCCUUGACUCCUGGCAUCAUAUUUAAGGGCAAAGAUCUCCAGGCACAGUGGUUUAAGGACGAGUUUCGAGAAUUUGCGGAUUGGAACUACAUAACUUCACCAAAUGGAUGGACGGACAACCACAUUGCCGUCGAAUGGCUUGAGGAAGUCUAUUUGCCUCAGACGCGACCUGACGACGACUCUGAGGCCAGGCUUAUCAUUCUGGAUGGACAUGGGAGUCAUGCAACGAAUAAGUGGAUGGCUACCCAUUAG